AUGAAUGCAUUCAACUUAACGGAGCCCCGGGUGCCAGACUAUUACGCAGACCUUGGAUUGGAACAGCAAGCAAAUUUUCAAGACAUCAAAGUGGCCUUUUUCAGACUAGCGAAAGCGCAUCACCCCGAUAAAAAGGCCCCGGGCAAGUCCCAUCGACGCCCAAGAAUUAAGGAAGCGUACGAGUGUCUGAGAGAUAAGGCAAGGCGUUUGGCGUACGACGAAUUCUACUUCGACCUACGAGACCAGUGGGCCAGAUAUCGGGAGUGGCAAGACACUCAGCGCAGAAAUGAAGAACAGAAACGAGCCGAGGAAGAUGCAAGACAAAGGAGAGCCACCGAGGCCGAGCGAGCGCGGAGGAUGGAAGCAGAGCACCGUGCUGCCGAGGAAAGAGCCGAACAAGAGAAGAAAGCAGCAGAAGCUGCGAGGGCACAGAGAAUGGAAGAAGAGAAUCGAGCCGCCAGAGAGAAGGAAGAGCGCGGGCGGAAGAAGGACGAGAGAGAAAGACAAGCUGAAGAGCGUUCUCGAGAAGCUGCACGGAAAGCGCGAGAGCAACAUGAACUGGCGGCUAAAGCAAGGCUACGCCGAGAGAAGGAAAGAGAAGCAGGAGAAAGGUCUACCGAAGUAGCAAGGAGAAACAGGGUCGAGCGGGAACGAGUGGCAAAGGGGCGAUUGAAGAACACUUUGAUUCAGGAGAAGCAAGACACCAUCCGUCACAAUUGGGCGACGAUGCGGGCAGCAGCAGAACGUCAAGAAGCUGAGCGACCGCAAGCACGACCGCCGACUUCACGAUCUCCGGAGUGCUCUCAUCCACAGUUAGGCUGGCAGAGAAAGACCGGUAGGGCCACCUUUUGCAGCUUCAAUAUCCUGGGCUCAAAGACCUCAGGACUAAGUCCUAAACACUCGGGCAUCCUCUCUACUCUUAGGCGUCAAUCUCAAGAGGAUGGAGCAGGCUAUGACGCCCCUAUCCGGACCAUAACUUGGGCUCCUUCGAUACGCGCUGACGCUUCCCUGCCGAUUCGUCAGUAA